AUGGCUAUUAUCUACAGGCCUCGUGCCGUAGAAACAAAGAAAACAAAGUGGAAUGGUAGAGGCCGCAAAGGUAAUCAGGGAGAGAAACAGAAACCUAAAGCGAAGGCGAAGGAAACAAAGGCAGAGAAGCAGAAGAGCGAAGCGAGGACGAAGGCAGUAAACGCAAAGAAGCAGAUUCUGAACAAGGAGAAGAAGAAGUAUAAUGUGAAAGGCAAAUCGCAGUUAUCGAAGAGGGAGUGGGAGAGUGGGAAAUUCACGGGCUCCGACUCCGAUACACCCAAGGCUCGAAAGUCAAAUCGGAAGAAGCAGCAAGGAAAGGAUACGUAG